GACGUCAUUGCCCAACAUGGCGGGUAGUAAGGUGCUUGCUUCCUGAAGUACUCAUAUACACAUUGUUUUUGCAGGUGAAGGAGUGAGUGAGUGAGGGAGUGUUGCUGUGCAGUAAGAUAUUCACCGGCAGGUCCCAGCAGGGAAUGGACUGCAGCUAGAAUCGGCAGGGUCACUUGGACAGCCUGAGGUAGCAGUAUUAAUAACAGUAUUCAGAGUGUGGCAGUAGAACUAGUUGCCAUGACGACGUUGUAUCUCUACAAGGCGUUACAUCGCUACAACCCGGAAGAACAUGAUCAUGACACUAGUUGUUACAUCAUGAUAGAUCCUGGUGAUAAUCUAGAAUUAACAUCAGCCGAUUUGGAUCAAACUGACGACAUCGAGGAGCCCCAAGGCUGGUUUCAUGGUCGCAAUUUGACCAAAGGGACAUUGGGGCAGUUCCCAGGUCACCCGUUCAUUGAGUUCAUCCGCAAGAUGCCGAUUCCGGCCAAGCGGCCAUCGUUGACCAAUGGACUGGACAACACCUGUGAUGACAGUGGCUAUGGCGGUACCCCUGGACGUCCUCCCAAGAUCCCCCAUCGUCUGGCUGAUGUCUACUUCGUGAAGCCAGUCUUGUGCAUUAACUGCAAUGACUACAUCUGGGGGACCACAAAAGUAGGGAAGAAGUGUGAAGCUUGUGGAAAGUGCUGCCACACUCUGUGUUCUGGGACUGUGAACAACUCCCACUGCACACGGGAGAAGACCACCAACCUGGAACCCACCCUGGAGUGUAGUCAGCCGCUGGAGAACUGGACCGUCAACCAUGUAAUCGAGUGGAUGGCAGCUCUCAACCUCUAUCGCUACGUGGAGCUGUUCCGAGAGAAAAACAUCGCAGGGCGGGACCUGAAGACCAUGGAUGAGGACAAACUCAUGGAAAUGGGCAUUAAGGACGAAUACCAUCAGAAAUCCAUCCUGGUGUGUAUAGACGAGCUGUGUGGUCAGAACUCGGACAAUCAACCAUAUGCCACCAGUCUUCCACCAGCCAACCAAUGUGUUGAUAUGGAAGCUGAUGCGUAUUCUGCAGCAUCAUCCGAACACCGAUUUGCUGAGUACAAUUUCUCUUCCAUGCAACGCUGUCAUCUGUGUGAUAAGUUCCUGUAUGGCCUGGUUAGACAAGGACUGCAGUGUCGAGAGUGUGGACUAUGUUGUCAUCGGUUUUGCUCAGCCCAGAGACCCACAGAGUGCAGUGUGCCCAAACUCGAGCAGCUACGGAGACCCAGCUUCUGUCAGAACUCCGUGUUCGGGAAUGAGUUGACAGAGGAGGUGACCAAGUCCCAUCUGUGUGUUCCCUGGGUGGUCGUCAAGUGUAUUGAAGACAUUGAGAACUGGUGUCAGGACCACAAAUCUGAAGCUUUAAGUGUGUACAGAAUAUCAGCCAAGACCGAGGACAUCAACGAAGUGAAGGCAGUCUUUAACAUCGGUGACACAAGUCAGCUGAACCUGUCGUCCUACAAUGUGCACUGUGUAGCAGGUGCCCUCAAGAAGUACCUGCGGGAACUGCCGAACCCCGUCAUCCCAGUAGAGAUGUACAGCGCCUUCAUCGGGGCAGCAAAAAACAAAGUGGAUAUCAUCAAGUCUCUGCUGGACCUGAUUGAAGAACUGCCGCCUCCCCACAAGUCCACGCUGGCGUACCUCAUGGGGCACUUCUGCCGUUUGUGGCGCUUCCAGCACGAGUCAGGCGUUGUGGACGGCCUUGACAAGUUGUCUCAUGUCUUUUGUCACAUACUGCUCCGGCCUCCCUGGGAAAAGAUCAUAGAGAUUGUCGACAACACAAAGACGCACAUUGACAUCUUUGAGGAGCUUCUGCGUAAUGGCAGUUGGGGCGAGGUCAUCCCCCCCAUCCCAUCACCGCCAGUCGUUCCCCCUCGUAUUCGGCCAUUGGAGCAUCCUGCAACUGUGAUGUCCCCUUUGACCCCGGAGGAGCGGGUGAAGGAGGCGGAGUGGUACUGGGGGGACAUCUCCCGGGAGGAGGUGAACGAAAAGCUACGUGACACCCCCGACGGAACCUUCCUUGUCAGGGACUCCGCCACGCCCGGAGACUACACCCUAACAUUGAGGAAGGGAGGCAGCAACAAGCUCAUCAAGAUCUACCAUCGAGACAAGAAGUAUGGGUUCGUGGAGCCCCUGGAGUUUAACUCUGUGGUGGACCUGAUCCAGUACUACCAGAACACGUCGCUGGCCAUCUACAACCGCACGCUGGACAUCAAGCUGCUGCACCCCAUCACCCGCGGCAUGGGCCCAGACAACGGUAUGACGGAAGAUGUGAGCAAGGAGGUGAACAACUUGAUCCAGAUUAACAAGGAAUACCUUGAGAAGACCACAUCCUACGACCGUCUUUACGAGCGCCACUCCAAAACAGCCCAGGAGCUUCAGAUGAAACACCAGGCACUGGAUGCCUUCAAGGAAACGCUGCUGGUCUUCGAGGAACAAAUGGACUUGCAUAGGAGAUUUCACAAAGAGGCAGCUCCACAUGAAAUCCAGAAACUGCACGAGAACCUGGAGCUGCUCAAGUCUCGAUGUCUGGGUAUUCAGGAGAGCAAGAGCGGCCUGGAGGUCGACAUCAACAGGAAGUCCAGUUACAACCGCUCACUAAUUAGUGAAAUGAACAGUUUAAAACCUGAAAUAAAACGUUUAUAUCGUCAACGAGAACAACUUAAAAAGUGGUUGAUUGAUCGUGGCAAGCAGGCAGACUUCCUGGACAAUCUGUUGGAAGGGAAGAAAGAGAGUGUGUGUGACCCCGCGCUGGAGCCGGAGUACAAUCUACCCAACCAUGAUGAGUCAAUGUGGCUUGUGCACUGUCAUCGGGAGAAGGCGGAGGACAUGCUGAAGAAGCGACCGGAUGGGACGUUCCUCAUCCGGCCCAAGAAGGAGGAGGGGAAUGUGCAUGUUUUGUCUAUUGUGUUUCGUGGGAAGGUUGGACACUGUAAAAUCUACCACAGUGAAUCAGGCUACGGCUUCGCGGAACCAUACUUCAUUUUCCAAACACUUAAAGACUUGGUGUCUCACUACCAUAAGACAUCGUUAGCUGAACAUAAUAAUGACUUGGAUGUCAACCUUAUGUACCCGGUGCGAGCUCCACCUCUUUCAUCAGAACCUGUGUACUUGCGAAUGCAUACGCCGUGAGUCCGUGCACUUACAAGUGUUGUGUGAAUGUGUAGAGUGACGGUCCACAUUGAAGAGGAGUUGUCUCCCCUUGUGUCAGCCAUUUUUUUGGAGGAUGUAGAACAGUGAGGAUGUGAUACCGGAGAGCUUUGAAGACAUGUCAGCGAGACAAUCCAUAUUCAGAAUGGCGUUUUAGCAUGCAAGUUUGUCAUGGAUCAGAUCCGAUGUGUUGGACAGGAUGUACGUGAACUCCAUUGGUGGCUAAUGGUGAAGCUGUGUGCGCAUCAAUCGCUUGACACAGUGCCCUCUGGGUACACUUUGUGAUAUUCUCAUAAAAAAAGUUGAACUAUUUUGCUAAAUGCUUUCACAACAUACUACUGAUGUUAUAUAUUGAGUGAGACUCUACAAGACGGGAACGCCUGUUCCCGCGCCCGUCAUAAUAACUACGUAUGCCGUGUUCUCCUAGAUAUGGACCCAGUGAUGGCCGACGUGUAGUGAUGCGUGGUCGUACAGUGAACGUUAUACAGGACAUCCACACCACACAAUAAAAUAUGUGAUAAACAAACUCGAGGGCCAGCCGACUGGGGGCAGCGGGGUGGCGGCAUCACGGCUUGAUGCGAGUGUAGAGGCUUAGAGAACUGUGUUCUAACUACUUUCAGGGAUCACUACGGUGCAAGCAGGCCCGACUCUCCAGCCGGCCGCAUCUUCACACAGUAACCAUGGUAACCUGUGGGUUCAGCUGUGGUCUCCCAGCUCUGCUGGACUCCUUUCUAACACUAUAUUUAUUGUAGACUCCCUCGGCUUUAAGCUGAAAUGUGUUCUUACCAAAAUACAGAGCACUUCUUGGUCUGUGUUCUUGCAACUGCUAGGUCUAUUUGUCCUGAGCCAGCUUCUCGACUGGUUUGUGCUAUCGUGUUCUCCCAUUAAACCUUCUGCAUGUAAAUGUGCUAACAAAAACUGACAGAAAUGGCAGACAAUUUGUCCCAGAAGCCAAAGAUUGCUUUGUGUUAAUUCAACUGGAUUCUUUAAGCCUGUGUUUCUGUUGUAUCAAACUGAUUUCGUAUUCAUGGAUUCAUCUGACAAAUGGCAUAUCAUUUCAGUUAUUAAAUAUUUGUUGACAAAAUGGACCAUAUUGCAUUCACAAAUCAACAAUAGAAGCUUCAAGAUGGAGUAAAUCAUAUAGACUAUUUUUACCAAAAUUUUCAUAUUCUAUUAAUAUAUUGUCAUAUUUCCUAUAUCAUGACUUUCCCAACAUGCUCUUUCUCCUCACAAAGAAUGACAAAGCAGUGCCUUUAAGUGCCAUCUAAUUUAUUAUGACAUAUUUAUACCUGGAAUAGGAACAUAAACACAUCUCUUUUAUUUUUCAAUAAAACAAUUCUUGAAAUUAUUUUUUCAAUGAUUCAAAUUUGGAUGAAAAUGAAAUUAAUUUCAAUAAAAUAUUUUAGAAAUAUUUGUAACUCAUGUUAAUAAUAUUGUCAAACAUGUGCAAUAAGAAAGAGACUUGUUCUAAAGCGAAGAUGAAUUGUGUAGUGUUUAAUGUUAAGUCAAUGGGCUAUAUCUGUGUCCUUCAACCUUUGUCAGAUCAUCAUCUUCUUGUGUUCAUGUGAGGGCCGCAUAAACCAUCUCUAGUCACCAAUCAUUGAUGCCACUUUUCACUUGCAGCAUAACUGCACUCGUAGUAGCCUACCCUUCAUCUCCAGCAGUGGGCUGGUCCUCCUCAGUGAUGGACAAGUCCAUGUUGGGAAAAAGGGGUGGUGGCUUGUUUUGUCAGUCUAUUACCAUGUACAUAGCAUAAUGAAUUCUACCAAACUGUUAUGCCUGCAGGACUUUCCCGCAUUGUGCCUCAAUCAUACUGUACAGGUAGCAUGAAGCUGAAUAUUAUGACAUGAUGAAGAUACAUAAAAUAUGUUGAAAUAAA